AUGUCUUCCUUGGACCAAUUAAAGGCAAUAACGACUGUAGUCGCCGAUACUGGUGACUUCGAAGCCAUGGCGAAGUUUAAACCAACAGAUGCUACGACUAACCCUUCGUUGAUUCUGGCUGCAGCUGGUAUGAAAUCAUAUCAGAAACUGAUUGAUGAAGCUGUCUCAUACGGAAAGGAAAAAGGAAGUGACGUCGAAGCCCAGUUGAGUCACGCCAUGGAUAAAGUUUGUAUUAAUUUUGGAAUGGAAAUAUUAAAGAUUAUCCCUGGAAGAGUUUCUACUGAGGUUGAUGCCAGACUGUCGUUCGACACAAAGGCAAUGGUGGAGAAAGCUAAACAGUUGAUUAGUUUAUAUAAAGAGAAUAACGUCAGUAAAGAGAGAAUUCUAAUUAAACUAUCAUCAACCUGGGAGGGAAUACAGGCUGCUAAAAUUUUAGAAUCAGAAUGUGGAAUCCAUUGUAACAUGACUCUGAUCUUUAAUUUUCACCAGGCUAUAGCAUGCGGGGAUGUAAAAGCUACGUUAAUUUCACCGUUUGUUGGAAGAAUAUUUGAUUGGUUCGUUAAGAAUACAGAUAAAAAAUCUUACGAACCUCUUGAAGAUCCAGGAGUACAGAGUGUAACUAAAAUUUAUAACUAUUAUAAAAAAUACGGAUAUAAGACAGUGGUGAUGGGGGCAUCGUUUAGAAAUACAGGACAGAUUAUAGGUCUAGCUGGAUGUGAUCUACUAACUAUAUCACCUAAAUUAUUGGAUGAAUUAUCGAAAUCUAAUGAUGAGUUACAGACACAACUCAGUGUAGAGUCAGCCAAGUCUCAAAAGAUAGAAAAAGUGACUGUAGAUGAAAAUGUAUUCAGAUGGGAAUUGAAUGAAGAUGCCAUGGCAACAGAGAAAUUAGCAGAAGGCAUCAGGAAAUUUGGAGUUGAUGCCGUCAAAUUGGAAAAUCUUCUUCGUGAACGAUUAUUGAAAUAA